AUGGGCUCCGGGAAACACGUCCUUUCCCAGUGGAGCCUUCACAGCCCCGAGGUCAGACAGGUGCUGGGCUCACUGCUCACGGAGCAGUGGACAGCUCACAGUGUUCUUAGAAGCCAGGAUUGCAUGUGUGAACUCAGCCGAAAGCACGCACUGAACGUGUACCAUGAGAAGCCCCAUGUCUGUAGUAUCUGUGAGCUGUUUGGGGAUCCCUUCUUUAUGGAAGUCAGCAUGUGUGUCUGCUGCCAGCGUUCAACCCCUAAGACAAGCAUGAAGCUCUCCUUAGUGCUGGAACCAGAGGAACAGCUGAGAACCCUGUAACUCCUCAUCUACCUUCUAUCUCCCUGCAACUGUGACAGCCUCCACCACCUCCUACAGUUCCUCUCCAUCGUGGCCAGGCAUGCUGAUGACAAUAUCAGCCAAGAUGGACAAGAAGUCCCUGGGAAUACAAUGAUGUCUCUGAACUUGGCCACCAUCUUUGGAACCAAACUGCUGCACAAGGAUAAGUUCAAAGAAUUUUCAGUCCAGAGCUCGGCCCGGGCCGAGGAGAGCGUGGUCAUCAUCACGGUGGUGCAGAAGACGAUUGAGAACUACGAAGCCUUGUUCAUUGUCCCUCCCGAUCUCCAGAACGAGGUGUUCGUCAGCCUGCUGGAGACCGAUCCUGACGUCAUGAACUAUUUACUCGGAAGGAAAGCUUCCCAAUCCAGCAGCCCUGACAUGCUACCGUCAGGAAUUUCCUUCUGCACGGAAGGAAGGCACUCAUCCACAGACUCCCACAAAGCCUCCACCGGAGACGUCUCCCCCUACAACAACUUCCCGGUGCAGUCUGAAUGCUCCCUGCCGUCCGAGCCCAAGACCAGAGAAAGUUUUCCUGGACGCAGGCUUGGAAAAGACGUCUCACAGGAGCUUUUCAAUCUCUGGGGAACUUGGCAUUCAACCUUAAAAAGCGGGUCCAAGGACUCCGUGUCACACGUGGGCGGCAGCAGCGCACCCGAGUCAUCCUUGGCCUUGGAUAGUGCACGAGACCUCGCGCAGAGCGAGCCGCACGUGGCCCGGCUGCGGACAAAAUGCUCCAACCAGAGACCUCGGGAAAGCUGCUGGGGCCUCGGGGCGGCCACUUGGCUUGACUGGCAGCAUAAGUGGUGGCAAAUCUGGGAGCUGCUGUCCACCAAUGGCUCCGACGCCCUGCCCGAGACGCUGGUAUGAGAGCGGGGCCUGAGUCAGAGAACCCUCCCGAUGUCUGAGAUGGAGUCGUCCAAGAUUGAGCCCCCUCCCAACGUCCAAGAUGCAGUCGUCCAAGACAGAGCCCCCUCUUGACGUCCAAGAUGGAGUCG